CUUCUUCAUCUUCGUCAGCUUGGUCGCGUCUCUGUCGCUGCUGGUCGUCGCAGGAGUGAGUCACGGCCUCCCAGCCGCCGUCACGGCCCCUCCUCAGGUGGCCGCUCAGUGCCACUACAUGCGAGGGCCGAACCUUCUUUAACUAGUGUUGGUUCGCGUAUCCAAUGAAUAUUCGAUGAUAUUUCGUUUUAGACAAGGAUCUGAAAAAUAGGUCGUGGUAAAUAUUUUCCUUCUACGAACUUUUAUAACCCCAUGGAUUGCGAGACAUACCAAGCAAUGGUCUGCAUGUUACAGCUGAUUAUUUCAUUCUCCGUCAUGCGUUUUGAGCUUUGUGUCCAACCACCUAGUCGCAUGCCCGUCUUUUACAGAUGUCUUAUUUUAUCAGUUAUUUUCUUCCUUUUUUUGUCAUCCUGCUCUAAGGGGUGGCCGUUAAUUUUCUGUUGUCAUUGGAAUUCACAGUCAAUAUUAUAUGAUACAACAUAAUCCAAUAAUCAUAUACACAUACACACACGCACGUGCAUGUGUGUAUAUGUAUAUAUAUAAGCAUAUCCAUUCAGCUUUCUAUAUCUGUCUCUCUAUGGAACUGUACUGUCAAAGUCUAUAUGUAUCACAGACGAUUUUGUUCCCUGCUCUUCCCUUUGCUUUGUUCACAAUUUCCUCUCUCCUUAUCCACACAGUGCUUAUCAGCUGCUUCCGGGGAGAACCUGGUUCGAUGGAGGGAUGCCUUGGCUUUUUCUUGAUUUCCUUUGACGGCGAUACAAGAUUAGGAAACGGAUUAAAGGGAUUAUUCUGAGUUCGUCGAUGGCUGUGCUUUGACGUCAUUCUUCCAACUUAUAAGGCGAAACUAUCGUCCAGACAAGUCACUCGAAAAGAGGAUUUUACAGAACACCAAACGUCUCAUUCGUCUGUUUGUUUUGGAAAAUCUUCGUCAUGAAGUUCCACAGCUUGGUCGCGUCUCUGUCGCUGCUGAUCGUCGCAGGCGUGAGUCACGGCCUCCCAGCCGCCGUCACGGCCCCUCCUCAGGUGGCCGCUCAGUGCCCCUACACGCCGGGGCCGAUCCCUCUGCUGCUGCCCAACCCCGUCGACUGCGGCUCCUUCUACAUGUGCAGCUGGUACGGGACGGCCCUGUUGCAGCACUGUCCGUCUGUGCUGUACUUCAACGCCAAGCUGCAGGUGUGUGACUCUCCUGCAAACGCCAACUGUGUCCAGAGAACCACAGCUGCCCCCGUCUCCAGCACCACUACUGCUGCUUCAAUCUCCAAUGUGACAUCAGCUGUUCCUGUCUCCAACAUAACUACAGCUGCCCCAACUACCAAUAUAACUACAGCUGUUCCAAUCCAUAAUGCGACCGCAGCUGUUAUUUCUCCAGCGUGACCACAUUUUUUCUGUAACCUCAGCUGCAUCCAGCUGCUCCAUGCUCCAUGUACCCAGUGUUCAGGGCAACCACGCCCGGACCAGACUUCAGAAUACGAUUACAGCUACUAUCAAGAUGGUUCCUAAUGUGUCAUGCAUUUACUUUGCAAUAAACCUUUUGAAGACAA